AUGCCAAAAAGUGCCUCAGCUAUUGCACUAACGAGACCCGUCGAGAUUUGGCGUUCUUAUCUUGCUGAAUUCCUCUCGAAGCUGAGCAUUCUCAAUCGUGAUGCCACCACCAUCCAAGAGGCCAUUGCCUCAACGACCGAAACCUCGCUUGGGGACUUGACGCUUAUACUCCCACGACUAAAGCUCAAGGAUGCCGACAACAAGGCUUUGAAUAGGUUGGCCUUUUCUGUAGCAGCGCAGUUGCCUUUCUCAUCCUUGUUCUUGGCACCAAGGGUAGACGACAUUCAGCUUCGAAUGACAUUUUCACCUGACACGCUGCCGCGACUUCUCUUGCCAUACAUUGCCGAUCGCAAAUCAGCGUAUGGAUUCGACCUUUCGCAGGGGCUUCGGGACGCAAAGGAACCCAAGAAAGGCAAAAAGAAGAUCGUCAUCGAGUUUUCCUCUCCAAACGUGGCCACCGGCUUCAACGGCAACAAUCUCAGAAGCACUCUUUUAGGUGAAUUCAUCGCCAAUUUGUACGAGGCUAUGGGAUGGGAGGUUGUGCGCCUCAACUACCUCGCCGACUGGGGCAAGCACGUCGGUUUGCUUGCCGCGGGCUACAAGAGAUUUGGUUCCGAGAAAAAGUUGCAACAAGAGAGGUCGAUCCAUCUUCUCGACGUCUACGCGCAGAUGAAUGAAUUAUUCAAGCCCGUGCAAGACCCAAAGGGCAAAGCCAAGCAAGGCGAAGGAUGCGCUUCCCCUGUGGAGGACAAGACGAUUGCUUUGGAAAGAGACGAGAUCUUCAAGAAGAUGGAGGAUGGCGAUGAUGAGGCUCUGAGGCAAUCCAGCCAUUUCAGGGGCAUCACUAUCGAGGACCUCAGGGCCGAGUACCAACGUCUUGGUAUCACCUUUGAUGAAUACUCGGGUGAAUCACAAGUCCAACCUGCAACAAUCACCAAAGUCGAGAACAUGCUGAAAGAGAAGGGAAUUCUGACAGAAAUUAACAAGUUGUGGGUCAUAGAUUGGGUCAAGCACACCGGCAGGAAAAGUUUCAGCACACAAGUUAUUCGUGGACGCGACGGUGCUACACGAUAUCCCCUCCGUGAUGUGGCCGCGGCGCUCGAGCGGGAAGAGAAGUUCGCCUUUGACAAGAUGAUAUACGUGACCUCCUCCGCCCAAGACAGCCACUUCCAACAGGUCCUGACGGCUCUCGAGCUCAUGGGACGAUCGGAUCUCAGUGAAAAGCUGCAACAUAUCAGCUUUGGUGCCAUGCAGGGCCUUGAGGCAAAUUCGCUGCGAGAGUUUCUCGACAACUGUGAGGCCAGAAUGCGAGACGCCAUGAACAUGGAGCACGAUGAUGAUGAUGUCGACGGCAGCGCAGCCGAGAGGAUUACAAACAACGCCAUGGUCGGAGCUUUGCUCGCUCAGGAGAUGUCCAAGAAGAAGAGCCACGGCUACACCUUUGAGCUCAAGAAGUUGACGUCGUUCAGUUCUCAUUCCGGUCCCAUGCUUCAAGGGUGCUACACAAGGCUCACAGCUCUAAUCAACGAAUCGAGGGCCGAAGGUGUCGCAAGCUCUGAGAUAGACUAUGCGGCACUGAAGGACCCCGAUUGCGCAAACUUGCUGCGCGUCAUGGCCCAGUUCCCUGAAGUCGUUGCCGCGGCGUACAAGUCUGCAGAGCCACACUCACUGCUUGGCUACUUGUACAGGCUGAUGGACUCACUGUCACUGGUUGAAAGCAGUCGAGGGGAGAAGAAGGCCCGUCUGGUUCUCUAUCAGAAUGCGCGACAGGUGCUUGAGAAUGGGAUGAAAUUACUUGGAUUUCCGCUUGAUUUGCAGGAUUUUACUGUGGACUUUAGUAGCGAUGGUGCCUGGCUCUAA